AUGCUCACAUUAGUAACCGGGAUCGCUGGUUGUAUUUUUACAACUGCUCAACUGCCCCUCGGGCUCCUCCGCCGCAAGCUACGCCGAGAUCACCGCAAGUACCUCGCGACAGCAACAGCUGCAGUUCUCGUUGAGUUUUGGGUGACGAAGAAACACGGUGUUGUGGCCGGUCUGGUCGCAGGAGCAUUCCACUUUGUUGGAAGUCGCCUGGUCAUCCCUGCCGUCACUGGCGGGAUAGGCUCCGGCAAGUCCACAGCAGUAGCCUGUUUGGAAGCGAAAUACAAUGUCCAAGUUAUUGACGCUGAUAAAAUCGCCAGGGAAAUCAUGGAGCCUGGGCGACCCGCAUUCAAGGAAGUAGUUGCUUCCUUCGGAGAGGGAAUAGUCACUUCUCAAGGCCAAAUCAAUAGACAAAAAUUGGGCGAACUUGUAUUCGGCGAUGCGGAAGCUCGAGCCUUACUGGAGAGAAUAACUCACAAGUAUAUAACUAUGACUAUGCUGUGGCGACUCUUCUCGUAUCGUGUGCUUCCCCCUUACAACAAGCCCCCGAUAGUCCUGGACGUGCCUCUGCUCCUCGAGACGCCCGGCUUGUCGUGGGUUUGUGAUCCCGUUGUUGUCGUCUACGUUGACCCUCAAACGCAGCUCGAUCGUCUCGUGAAGCGAUGCCCAACCGAGAGUGUUACAAACUUGACAAACAGGGUCAAGUCGCAGAUGAGUCUCGAGGACAAAAUGGCUCUUGCCGACAGAGUGAUCGAUAAUCGUGGCGACUUGAAGAGCUUGGAGAAGCAAGUUGACGCUUUUUAUGAGGAAGAAAUCAAGAAUAUGUGA